AUGUUGAAUAUGGGAAAACUUCAUGGGGACAAAGGUGGUCUUGGAUUUAAUCACUUUGAUCCUAGUUCGUCUAGCUUUACCACUAAGUUUGUCAAGUCAGAAACUCCAGUCACUGUACCUCUUGAUGUUCAGCUGGUAGUCAAGAAACCUAAGUUUGUUCCAACUUGUCACAGGUGUGGGUUGACUGGUCAUAUUCGACCAGUCUGUCAUAUGUAUAGCAAAGAUAAGACCAGAAAAUUGUCUUCAAAAUCUAAAAGGAAUCCCAGAUCUUUGCAAGAUCAAGUUGAUCAUUUGCUAAAUGAAGUAACCAAGAUUGCCAAACUUGUCUCCCUCAAAAUGAGUUCACCCAUUGUGCCUAAGUCUACUUGGAUUACAAGAGGUCAUACCAAAUCUCUUGUUGUGAUAAAUGCUUUUGCUGUUUCAAACACCAACUCUUAG